AUGGCCAUCAACGAGAGCACCAAAUUGGCAGUCGUCAUCUGCACAGGUUCCUAUCAUACUCCUGCCCCCUAUGAGCCCUUUAGGCAAUCCCUUGAACGCAGAGGGUUCGAGGCUUAUUGCCCCCAGCGCCCGACAUGUGAUCUCACCCAACUCAACGUGGGGAAUAUUAAUCACCCAGACUUUGACUUGGGUCCUCCGGCUGAGGGCUAUCCCACUGACUCGGACGAUGUUGAGGUCGUUAAUCAACUUCUUGAAAAGCUCAUAGUCCAAGGGGGCAAGGAUGUCAUCAUCCUCGGCCAUUCGUCAGGUGGUCUCAUUGCCUCUCAGGCCGCUGUCCCCGAAUUACAGUACAAGUCUCGUCAAGCCAAGGGUCACAGGGGGGGUGUGAUAGGGGUCUUCUUUGAAAAUGCCUUUGUGAUCCCUGUUGGGGAGUCAGUACAUACCUUCUUCCAACCCAAGGAGGGCCCGAUUGUGACGCCGCCAUUCAUGCGAUUCCAUAAACAUGGAGCUGCUGGCUUGGGAACCAUUGUGGAAGCCCACCGAUUCAUGUUCAAUGACCUGGAGGCGGAUGAAGCAGCCAAAUGGGCCGCAACAUUGACAGCAUCGCCCAUCAACACAGGCGUGCUGACCCAUGACGUUUACUCAUCGUUGCCCUGUGCAUACCUAGUCUCGGAUAACGAUGCGACACUGCUUCCGCAAUACCAAGAAGCAAUGAUUGAAUUGCAAGCUCAGAGAGGCAUCGCAUUUACCGUCUAUCAUGCGCCUACCGGUCACUGCCCGCAUCUGAGCUGGACGGAGCACUUCGUCAGCAAAGUAGAGGAGUUCGCCGAACAGUGCCGUCGACAGUGCCGUGCUUGA